AUGGAGGGUAAGCAGAGCACGGUAGGGAAAACCAUUCCGGUGAUGAAGAAGGAGGUUCAAGCACUAGCCGAGAAGAAGGCGGCGGAGGCCAUCCAGCGAUACAUGAGGCCCGAACUGGUGGAGAGCCCCAACGAUAUGGUUGUGGUUGCUCAUGAUGAUGAUGGUGAGACUGAGAGCAUUCCUAUGAUUGACCUUGCUAGGCUUGUUGAUUCCCAGACCUCGCAGCAGGAGGCUGCCCUGCUCAAGUCUGCGUGUGAGGAGUGGGGGUUCUUCCAGGUGAAAAACCAUGGAGUUCCGGACACGGUUCUUGAAAAGAUGAGCAACAACCUGGAUAACAGUAAGAAGCUAAGCAUUGUACAAGGGCCCCAGAUCAAGAGACAUGGUGCAUGGGUGCCAAUAAAACCCCACUCCAAAGCACUGGUUGUCAAUGUUGGCGACAUUCUUGAGAUAUUGACAAAUGGGAAGUACCAGAGCAUUGAGCACAGGGUCACCGUUAAUCCUCACGAUGGGAGGAUGUCCAUUUCUGCAUUUCAUUUCCCAAAGUUUGAUAUGAGUGUGGGUCCACUAUCUGAAAUAGUUGGAGGAGAGCUCAAGAAACACAAGACCCUGGGAGUGGACGAGAUUGCUAAGGUUGCUUUCUCCCCGAAAUUUUUUGCUGAUGGGAAGAAAAUCAGAGAGUAUGCCAUGUUCGACAAAACCAUUCCGGUGAAGGACGUUCAAGCACUAGCCAAGAAGAACGCGGCCGACCUGACGGCGGAGGCCAUCCAGCGAUACAUCAGGCCGGAUAUGGAGAGCCCCAAUGAUAUGGUUGUGGUUGCUCAUCAUGAUGAUGGUGAGAGCAUUCCUAUGAUUGACCUUGCUAGGCUUCUUGAUUCCCAGACCUCGCAGCAGGAGGCUGCCAUGCUCAAGUCUGCGUGUGAGGACUGGGGCUUCUUCCACGUGAAAAACCAUGGAAUUCCUGACACAGUUCUUGAAAAGAUGAGGAACAACCUAGAGUACUUCUUCAGACUUUCCCAGGACAAGAAGAAGAAAUUUGGUCAGGGAAUCCACUACUCCUCUGAGGUGAUGAGGAUCGCUCACUCGCUCAUGCAGAUGAUCGCCAAAAACCUAGGUGUUGAUCCCGACAAAUUUAGAGAUAGAUACGGCAGUGUUCAGGCACUAGCGAUGGCCUGCUACCCUGCAUGCCCCGUUGCUCAUGAUAAGGGCUCCAGAUCAAGAGACAUGGUGCAUAUAUGGGUGCCCAUAAAACUCCACUCCGAAGCACUGGUCGUCAAUGUUGGCGACAUUCUUGAGAUAUUGACAAAUGGCAAGUAUCUGAGCAUUGAGCACAGGGUCACCGUUAAUCCUCAGAAGGAGAGCAUGUCCAUUUCUGCAUUUCACGCACCAAAGGUUGAUACGAGCGUGGGUCCACAUUCUGAAAUAGCUGCAGGAGAGCUCGAGAAAUACAAGACCCUGAGAGUGGACGAGAUUAUUUCUGUUGGCAACAAACAUGAUGGGAAGAAAGCCAAGUAUGGCCUGUUCAGCAUCUGA